AUGAUCCAGUUUGAUGAGAAGUACAAAUCAACCGAAAAACCAAAGCCAGUAAAAAAGAGAGCUCAAGCGGGAAUUGGUCCCGUUGCCCCUGCAGCCAUCAGAAAUGACAUCAUAAAGCAAGGAGCUGCCCCAGAAGUCUCUCCUCACAUUAAGCCUAAGCAGAAACAGAUGGUGGCCCAGCAGCAAUCUGUCAGCGAGGAAGGGUUGCAGAAAGGCCGUUUGACAGUCAUGGUGCUGAAAGCAACGAAGCCCUUCGAGUUUGAGACCCAAGAAGGCAAGCAAGAGAUGUUUCAUGCUACGGUGGCUACAGAGAGGGAAUUCUUUUUUAUAAAAGUUUUCAAUACACAGCUAAAAGAUAAAUUCACGCCAAAGAGAAUAAUUAUAAUAUCAAAAUAUUAUUGGCACGAUGGUUUCCUGGAGGUGAAUAGUGCCUCCCUUGUGUCUGAUGCUGAAUCCGACCAAAAGAUCAGUGUCCCAAACCACAUCAUCAGGAAAGCGGGUGAAACCCCAAAGAUCAACAAGCUUCAAACUAAGCCCACUGGAACAAUUGUGAAUGGGGUGUUCAUAGUCCAGAAGAAAACGGAACAGAAGAAUUGUGUAUUGUUUGAUGUAAAUGACAACACAGGGAGCAUGGAAGUACUGGUGCUUAGAAAACAGAUCAAAGAAGAAUGUGAGGAAGGAGAUAAGCUUCGACUUACAUUCUUUGAGCUGUCAAAAAGUGGAGAAAAACUACAGCUGAAAUCUGGAGUUCAUAGCCUCAUAAAGGUUAUUAAGGCCAAAAAAGAAAAAAAAUGA